GACCCGUCUGUACCUACAUUACAGUCCGUAUGCAAGGGGACCUUUAACUUUUUAACGAAACAUUAUCAUUAUCAUUAUUAUAUUUACAUAAACCCGUGAUAAAGCAUUGGUAAUAAUUUAUUUAUUGAUUUCUUUUGUUUUCUGGCAUUUGUGCUUAUUCACUGUGAGUAGAAUCCGAAGACGAAAGAUAACUAUUCUGGUUUUGACCUUGUAAAAUGUCGUCUUCGCAAGGAAACCGCAUGCCUAAAGAUUCUCAAACCAUAGUGUCGAUGAUGAAUGAUUUAGGAAUACGUGAAUAUGAACAACAAGUUUUAAACCACCUGCUAGAGUUUAAUUACAGAUACACAUCACUCAUUCUGGAAGAAGCUAAGGCUUGCUCAACAUUUGCUAAUAAGGAGAAAAUUGAUGCGGAUGAUGUUAAAAUGGCAAUUCAAAUGGCCCGAGACGGUGUAUUUCUUAAAUCUCCUCCACGUGAUGAACUAAUCAAAGCGAGUAAUGAAUUAAACAAAAAACCUCUGCCUGCAAUAAAGCCUGCUAGUGGGUUGAGAAUUCCUCAAAAUGGUUCAAGUUUCUUACAAGCCAAAUACAGGCUCAAAACUGAUUUGAAUAAAGGAAGAAAUGUAUUGAAGAAAAACACUAAAAUAACAGUAGCUGAGAUGUUGAAUGCGACUAAACAGACCGAAGCUUUCAGUAAACCUACACAAUCUGAUCCGAUGAUGGAUCCGAAGGAUGGUUUAAGUGUUUUGGACAUUGAUAAGAUUAUUGGAGAACAGCAGUACAAUCAAGACAAUUUCAAUGAUUUUAAUUUGGAUUCCUUAUUACAUGAUCCUAAUUCAUUAUCAUUUUGAACAUAUACUAUAGGUAUAGAAAAUUAAGUUUUUUUUUAUUGCGUUUAACUAUAAGUUACUAAUCU